GGUCCGCUCACGCUUUACAGAGCUAAACUUCCGGUUGUUGGAAGAAGCAACAACGAGCUCGUUUCUUGUACAAGUGAAAUACUAGUUUUUACUGAUAUUUAGGUGAUAUCGUCGACCAGGCAGACAUGUCUAGUCGCGAAGCCCUCAACAUGAAGCUGCCACCGAUCCAGUCCACGGCCGGAGCCGUUCCGGUCCGGAACGAGAAAGGUGAGCUCUCCAUGGAGAAGGUGAAAGUGAAGCGAUAUGUGUCGGGUAAACGUCCCGACUACGCCCCGAUGGAGUCGUCGGAUGAGGAGGAAGAGGACUUCCAGUUUGUGAAGAAGGGAAAGGAGAUGGAGCCAGAGCUGGAAGUGGAGGAAGAAGAAGUCUCUGACCCACGUCUCAAACGUUUGCUCAACCGCGUCUCUGAGGACGUAGAGGAGAGGCUUGCGAGACACAGACAGAUCGCAGAGCCUGAAGUUGUGGUUGAGAGCAGCGAGGACUCUGACGAAGGAACGUGGCACCCAGAACGUGAAGAGAGUAGCGAGGAGGAAGAGGAAGAAGAAGAAGAAGUCGAUGAUGAGGAAAUCGAGAGGAGACGAGCGAUGAUGCGGCAGCGAGCCGUAGAGCGAAAGAACGAAGAGAUGGAGCUCAUGGAGCUGGAGGAGGAAGGGAAGUCUGGGGAGGAGUCUGAGUCUGAGUCUGAAUAUGAAGAAUACACAGACAGCGAGGACGAAGCAGAGCCGCGACUCAAACCCGUUUUCAUCCGCAAGAAGGACAGAAUAACGGUGGCGGAGCGCGAAGCAGAGGAGCAGAAGCAGAAAGAGCUGGAGGCGGAGGCCAAGAGGCAGGCGGAGGAGCGACGGCGCUACACCCUCAAGAUCGUGGAGGAGGAGGCCAAGAAGGAGUUCGAGGAGAACCGGCGCACGCUGGCCGCUCUGGACGCUCUGGACACUGACGGAGAGAAUGAGGAGGAGGAGUAUGAAGCCUGGAAAGUCCGCGAGCUGAAACGCAUCAAGAGGGACAGAGAGGCCCGAGAAACCAUGGAGAAGGAGAAGGCUGAAAUCGACAGAUUCCACAACUUGACGGAGGAGGAGCGCCGGGCCGAGCUCCGCAACAACGGCAAACUCAUCACCAACAAAGCCAGCAAAGGCAAAUACAAGUUCCUCCAGAAGUAUUACCACAGAGGAGCCUUCUUCAUGGAUGAAGAGGAGGACGUCUAUAAGAGAGACUUCAGCGCUCCGACUCUGGAGGAUCACUUCAACAAAACCAUCUUACCCAAAGUCAUGCAGGUCAAAAACUUUGGGCGAUCUGGACGCACCAAGUACACCCACCUGGUGGACCAGGACACCACGUCGUUCGACUCAGCCUGGGCUCAGGAGAGCGCUCAGAACAGCAAGUUCUUUAAGCAGAAGGCUGCAGGAGUGAGAGACGUGUUCGACCGGCCCACAGUGAAGAAGAGGAAGACUUAAGACGUGAAGCCGAGGACUCGCACGCGGCUUCAGAGGACUGAGACUUUGUUUCGUAGAAGAAAAGCAGCGAAUUGACUGAUUCUAUCGUUGGGAUGAUGAGUUUUAUUCACCGGGAAAAAGCGCCGUCGUUUAAAAGACUUGAUUCCAUGUUGACUUAAGAUAAUAAUCUACGAUACAGUUACAACUUUUCUUUUUUACAAGUUAAGAUUUCUGCAUUUUCAGAAGGAGAUACAGGGAAAAUGAGUGAAAUCAUCUUUAUUGUCCUUUUCAGUUUUAAACCCUCAGAAAGUAAAGCAGCGGGUUGUGAUGUUAUUUUGUAAAUAUCACCUUCAGUAAGCAGAUUCUUGUAUCGAUUUCCUGCAUUUCCCCUUUUUUUCUCUUCCAUAUUUGUGAAAGUACAUGUUGUAACUUGAUUUGUAUGUGAAUAAAACUUGUAUUUUCACCA